AUGGACAGAGCUUACGAUAACCGAUCGGCGGGAAUUGUUCUGUCUGGAAAUUACUUUGCCUGGCUUUUGACACAGAAAAACGAACCGCCCUACCCCGAUGUCGCAACAUUCUGGCGAACAGCGGUUGAAGGCCAUAACAGCAUCAACGCAACGACUGAUUUGGCCAGCCAAGUAAUUGACAAAGUAAUAUGUCGCAGUUCGCUGUGCCAGUUAAUUGGGUCUGAAAUUGAUGGCGGCCUCGCAGGCUAUGGGCUCCUGACUUCUUACGGCAUUGAGUGUGUCUUUCUCACCGUUUACUGUGCUUUUGCGAUCCUGGCUUUCCUCCAGCGCAGCAAAUCAUCAUCCAAUCCGGCUGAGCUGCCUCAGGCACUGCCACCUGACGCCAGUCCAGGUCCUUUCUCUCGCACAAGAUAUGACCUAUUGGUAGUCGCAGUAUUUCUUUCUCUUGGGAUUCUGGCUACCAUCAUCUACAGCCGAGUAACACCUAUCGUCUACAAGUAUAACUCAUCCUUACAACUCGUUGUCUCGGCUCUCAGCUUUUACCCGCUGGCAGCAAUGCUCCCAUUGAUCCUAGCAUGGGUUCUUUGCACCAACAAUACCCAAGUCGACUACUACCACAACGAAGUUGUCUACGAUGCCCGCCCUCAGAACCACCCAACCCAGGUUGUUAUCGGAGCUGCCAUGUUUACAAUGGCUGCUAUGAUAUGGAUGCCACCACUCUUUGGUCUAUGCCUGAGCGUUGCAAAGUGGCUCAACAAGGUUGCCAAAACAGCAGUCACUUUAUAUGCCAUCUUGAACUUCAUUUGUAUGUGGGGGGGCUGGAGUAUGCUUAUCGUCUUCUUCACUGGUGCUUCUAAGGAUUCAAAAGAUGGUUGGAGUCUGGGCCAGGCACUUGCUAUCACCUCUUGGAUGGCGGUCCUGGUGGAAUUCAUAUCCAUCAUAUGCCAAGUUGGCGCCGAAGCUGGAUAUUCAAGUCGUCUUCCUGUUGAGUUUCAAGUAGUGCGAAAGGAAGUGGCUCUUCACCAACAGGAAGCAGAUGGAUUCUUGAAUGAAGCGGGCGCCUGCGAGGGAAACGAUGAACACCGAGAUUUAGCCUGUCUGAACGGUCUUCCGAGUUUCAUAACCUCUUCCAAAUGAUUGACCAUAACACCUUAUGAUUGAGUAACACGAAGGUACACGUAUUGCCAACAUAAGUCGAACGGCAGCGCAGCGAUUUCUCCAGACAUAGCACCGGACGACUUCAUGGAGUGGGUCGUGCCGGGCUGGCCCCAUUGAAGAGUCGGACCACCGCCGUCGACCUCUACUUUACUUCUCGGAUCUGGACUAAGACUGAGGGCUAAGAAAUGACCAAUGUUCACCAUUCAAUAAAUGACUGAUUCAAUCCCACACGCAAGAGAGGGGUGAUCAUUCUUCUACUUACACUUGCUCAAGGGAAAUACAAACUUGAAUCCAACUGGGGGGUGGAGAGGGGGA